CGUUCACUCUCAUAUUCAGUCGCGGCAGAGCUCAGGUCUGAAUAACGGUGCGGGCGAAUGAUGCUGGGAAUGAUGCCUGCGUUUGGAGCCGUGGGAGUCGGGCUGUUCUGCGCUCUACUUGUCGCCCUCGUGCCCGGUGGCAUGUCAGACAUAGCGACUCUGGUGCAGGACCCGGUCCGACCCGAAUCGUCCCUGCUGAAGCCAAAAGUCAUGAUCGCCAUUCUGGCUCGCAACGCGGCGCACAGCCUGCCGCACUACCUGGGCUGCAUCGACAGGCUAGACUACCCGAAGGAGCGGAUCGCUAUAUGGGCAGCGACAGACCACAGUGUUGACAACAGCACAGCCAUGCUGAGGGAGUGGCUGAAGCAGGCCCAGGACCAGUACCACUAUGUGGAGUGGAGACCCAUGGAGGAGCCCAAGUCCUAUACUGAUGAGUGGGGGCCCAAGCACUGGCCUCCGUCCCGCUUCAACCAUGUGAUGAAGCUGAGGCAGGCUGCUCUGAAGGCAGCACGGGAACGCUGGGCAGAUUAUAUACUGUUUGCAGACAGUGAUAACCUGCUGACCAACCCCAGGAUCCUGAACCUACUCAUGGCUGAGAACCUGACUCUGGUGGCUCCCUUGCUGGAGUCUCGCUCUCUCUACUCCAACUUCUGGUGUGGCAUCACUCCCCAGGGUUACUAUAAGCGUACUCCAGACUACCAGCCAAUCAGGGAGUGGAAGCGUCUGGGUUGCUUCGCCGUACCCAUGGUGCACUCUACCUUCCUGUUAGACCUGAGGCGUGACGCCAGUCGGGAGCUGGCCUUCUACCCCCCUCACCCUGAUUACAGCUGGGCCUUCGAUGACAUCAUGGUAUUCUCCUUCUCCGCCCGACAGGCAGAUGUGCAGAUGUAUGUGUGUAACAGAGAACACUAUGGCUUCCUGCCGGUUCCUCUGAAGGCCUCACAGAAUGUUGACGAGGAGAAGGAGAGCUUCACACACACUAUCGCUGAGGCCAUGAUUGACCACAACAUAGCGCCCUCAGAGUACUUGUACAAUCCCCAGAUGCCGCAGGACAAGAUGGGUUUUGAUGAGAUCUUCCUGAUCAAUCUGAAACGUCGUCUGGACAGGAGACAGAGAAUGUUGAGCACCAUGACCUCUCUGGGUCUGCAGGCCACCCUUACUGAUGCAGUGGAUGGCAAGGCUCUGAACACUUCUCAGCUGCAGGCGUUGGGUAUAGAGAUGAUUCCAGGUUAUAAGGACCCGUACUCUGGCCGUGUUCUAACCAGAGGAGAGAUAGGCUGCUUCCUCAGCCACCACUCCACCUGGGUACAGUUGGCAGAGCGUGGUCUUUCCAAGGUGCUGGUGUUGGAGGAUGACGUGAGAUUUGAGCCCAGAUUUAAGAGGCGAAUGAUGACCAUCAUGGAGGAAGUAGAGAAGGCCCAGCUGGACUGGGAUCUCAUCUAUGUGGGGCGGAAGCGUAUGCAAGUGCGUCAGCCGGAGCGUUCAGUGGAAGGGGUUAAUAACCUGGUGGAGGCGGACUACUCUUAUUGGACGCUGGGCUAUGCUCUGUCAGCGCAGGGUGCCAGGAAGCUGCUGGCUGCUCAGGCCUUCAGCAAGAUGCUACCUGUUGAUGAGUUCCUCCCCGUCAUGUUCAACAAACACCCCAAUUCUGACUUCAUGUCUCACUUUGAGUCUCGGGACCUGAAGGCCUUCUCCGUGGAACCCCUCCUCCUCUACCCCACCCACUACACGGGCGAGCCAGGCUACGUCAGCGACACAGAGACCUCCACCAUCUGGGACGACGAGGCCACCGCCACCGACUGGGACCGCCAGCACCAGCACGCCAGGAAGACAGAACAGCAAGGCCGCAUCCACACCGUGGCCCAGAACAGUGUGACGGGAGACUCACCUCCACCCGCUGCCCGCUCCACACGAGACGAACUAUGAGGAAGAAGAGAUAGACUUGUUUACACACAGACAUACACAUAGAUAUACACACACACACACACACACACACACCUGGACGGACACACACUGCACAGGCAUGUGCACUACACACACACACUCACACUCACAACCAACUGGAUACACACUAAACUACUCCGCUCGGUGCUCUUUCUCAUUGGCUAUCUGCUGGCUAAUGGCAUAACAGCAGGCUGAGAUGCGAAUCCCAUUGGCUGCCUGGUGAGGGGCGGAGUGGUCUGUGCACUGAGGAAUAGGAAGUGGGCUUCAGGCCCAGGACCCCAGCUUAAUUUAUUCCCCAUGCACUCUACAUGACACACACACACACACCUCGGAGAGAUGCAGAGAGGGACUGGGGGGGCCUGAAAAACCACACCAUGCUGGGACUAUAUGAGAGAGACUGGGACAAACCGGGACUCUGCAACAUGUGGAAGACAGAUAUUGCUGUUGGCAGUGCAGAGAUACAAUUCACAAAUACAUAUUUUUUUAUUGUUAAAAAGGAUUAUUAUUGUAAUUUAAAAAUAACAGAUGUGGUUUAUGGGCAGGAAUAAAGUUAUCUUACAGCUGUCUGAAAACGUGUUAUGUGUGUGUAUGUGUGUGCUUCUGUGCAUGCAGGCUGGAGACUGACAUACUGUACCCAGGAGUACUGUCAAUUCCAAUGAUGUCACUGUCACUCACAGACAUACCACAUGCAUGUGUAUGUAUAUGUCUGCAGAAUGUGUAUGUGGUGCAAGGCAUA